AGAGGCGUCUAUACCUGCUUCGCUGAUGAUGGAAGUUGGUAUGAAGAAGGACAGACUGAAGUGAUAGUCGCAGCUCUGGGGACCCAGCCCUCAGUCUCUAUGGACUCUUCACAAGGAGAGCAGACCCGGCUGGUGUGCAGAUCAGAGGGGUGGAGCCCUGAACCUGAAGUGAUCUGGAGAGACAGGGAUGGAAACGAUGUGACAUCACUGUCCAACACAACAGUGCAGAGGGACAGUCAGGGGUUCCUCAGUGUCAGCAGCUACAUCAAAAUCAAACAGCAGUCCAACGUGUUCUCCUGUCAGCUUAGAAGUAAAACACCCAAACCAGACUGGGAAUCCAAACUCCACAUAUCCAGGGAUUUUUUCCCAGGAGUCUCUGGAUGGAUGGUGGCUUUCUGCUUGACUUUAGCUCUCAGUAUUGGAGCCAUUCCUCUGCUGGUGAUCCAAUGCCCUAGGAAACCCUCAGCUAUACUGUCUUUGGGAUCAAAUCCUCUAAACUAA